AUGCCACGCAAGACAACAGGCUGCUGGACAUGCAGGGCUCGCAAAAAGAAGUGCGACGAUGCCCGUCCGGCCUGCUCAUCUUGCAGCGCACGUUCGAUAACAUGCUACGGCUAUGAUGCAAAGCCUCCUUGGAUGGAUGGCGGUCCUGCUGAGAAGGCCAUGAUGGACACAAUCCAGCGACGCAUCAAAGAAAGUUACAGGCAACGGCGUACUCGCCGGAGCAAAACCGCCGCUAUCAGUGACCUCUGUCUUUAUCGGCCUGACUUUGUCUUGGGAGCUACGGAUGGUACGGCUUUCGUGGAGUCUCCGUCGCCGACAUUGUCAUUGUGGCCCCAGCAAAGCUCGGUCUCGACGGCCGACAGCUCUCCCCAGCUGCUAUGGCGCACCACACCUCCGUACGGUGAGGUCUCCGGCCUUGCGAUCAGGAAGCCUCAAGAUCCUAGAAGAAGCAAUUCCAGCCUGCUCUAUUCUAACUCCGCUUACAUAUCGAACCGACGUAACCCUGAGCCCAGCCUUCCUCUCUCGACUCCCACCCCCUUCACUGAAUUUGACCUCAAUCUGGUGAUGUACUACUUGGACCAUAUUUUUCGACGUAUUGCCCCCUUCUACGUAUAUUCAGGAGCAAACAAUGGCCGAGGCUGGCUUCUCAACCUUUUUCUACGCACUCGCCCUCUCUAUACGGCUGUCAUUUGCCUGAGUGCGUGCGACAAAGCGCAGUUCUCCCUUGGACCGCUUACUGAAGUUCCACAACCCUACCACGAGCUGGAGAUGCAACAUCUGCAAAGCGUAGCUGAUCUGCGCGACCAUCUCGACCAACUAGCCAAAAAACCAGCUACUAAUCAGAUGGCAGCCGGCGUUGAGGCGCUCGGUUGUAUCGUUCACCUUAUAUUUUUUGAGCUCUGGAUUCCCAGAAGAGGGCUCGACGUCACCGAUUGGCCAAUGCAUCUCGACGCCGCCAGUGCUCUUUUAUCAACCCUUGACUUAGCCUCUCGCCCCUCCAGCCCAGGCAAUGGAACUAUAACCCCUAUACCUGCCUCCCCAUCCGAAGACUUCGACGACCUUCCGGAGUCCAAUAUUCCCGUUCACCUUCUCUCCGAUGGCGAACAGUCUGCUUUCAACUUCUUCCUCGAUUGGUACACGUACAUGUUCAUCUGUUCCACAGCUAGCUUUGGAAUGACUUCGCAAUCCGCCCAAGCUAUCACUCGCAUCAGAGCUCUCUAUCGGCCCCAGAAAAACAGGCUCAGAGAUAUGCGCGGCUGUGAGGAUUGGGUCCUCCUAACCAUUCUCGAUAUUGCCGUCCUCAAAGACUGGAAGCAGAAAGCCUCACAGGCUGGGACGCUUAGUCUUCGAGAACUGAGCCGCCGUGCCGCCAUGAUAGAGGACAAGCUCCAAGAAGGUGCUGCGCGGUGCGCUCCAACGCCCUGCUCAUCCUCGACGCAAUGCGAAGCUUUCCACUCUACACCUUAUCACAGCACUGUGGAUACUAUUUCGACUUCAACUCCAAAUUCGUGCCGGCGUAAAGAAUUCCAAAUGAUGACCAACACAUUUCUUCAUGCAGCCCUAUUAUUUCUCCACGUCGUCGUCUCGGGUUUUCACCCAAAUAUCCCGGAAAUUCGAAACUCUGUUCUCCAGACCUUGGGCGCACUCGAGUACAUGCGCGCCCAUUCGACACAAAACAUUCCUGCUUGGCCGAACUGCGUUGCUGGAUGUCUGGCCUUGGAAUCAGAGUAUCCACGCUUCCGUGCACUGAAUCCACCACCUGAAGAAGGAAAGCACCCCCUGGUCAUUACAAUGUGGACACUGGAAAUCCUAGAGGAAUGUUGGAAGAUUCGGGCAUCCCAGGCAGAAGGGGAAGAGACUUGUAGUUGGAUCAGGGCUAUGAAUCAACUAGGUACUCGACUAUUGUUGCUGUGA